UUAAGAAGUAUAAUCCAAAAAGACAAUUUUGUUUUGAAAAUAAUAUCGGUAAUUGUAUGAAUGCCAGUGUAAUUGAGGAUUUACACUGCAUGGGUGAUACUUCAAAAUUCUGUCAGUUUAAUUUAUUUGCUUUUAACACGGUCGGCUUAUUAUAAUGGGUGCAGAACUUUGUCAAGGGGUGUUGUAUCAAAGUCCAAAAUUAAACAGACGUGAAGAAUGUAAUCAUUUUUUACUUAAUUCAUAGGGUUCUGAAGUAUUGUUGUAGGAAUUAAUAAUUUACUAUUAUAUCCUACUGAGCAAAAUUGAUAUCAAUUCGGAGCAGAAAGUUGUAUUUUGCUUCCCUUCGAAAAUAUUAAUUACACUCUGCCAAAGAAAAAGGUAUCCUUUGUCUCGGCGUUAAAUUGCUACAUUUACGUGUGAAGAAGACCACCGCGACUUUAGUUAUUACUGCUGUCAUGAGAGGCAGAUUGAAACAGAUGUUUUAAAGUAGGUGAUAAAGCAGAGUGUAAUUCCACCAUAACUACUGACUGCCAGAGGAAUAGGAUCUGCAACGAGGUUAGCACGAUUGAAUUCAAAACGAGCGUUUUCAAGAACCAGAAUGCACAACAACACCAUCUUUAAGAACGAAUCAGCGACCGAUUAUUCAGCUCCUACUAACAUCUUCAUCGUCGUAAAUUGUGUCCUCAACGCCGUUCUGAUGCUCAUAGCCAUUAUCGGCAACUCUUUAGUGAUUGCGGCCAUUUUCAGGACUCCGACGAUUCGCUCACCGUUCACAACGUUGCUCUGCAGUUUGGCUGUCAGUCAGACCUUCUUGUAGGAUUUGUGGUUCAACCAGUCUACUUUGCUAACGAAAUAACACACAAUUCAUUGCUAGGUUAUUUUUCGUCGUUCUUGCGUUAUGGCACCUGUGGAGUUUCCCUUUGCACAAUGACAACUGUAAGCUUGGAUAGCUUUGCGGCCCUUCACUACCACAUGAGAUAUGUUACUAUGGUGACUACAACUCGGGUUGUCUACGCAUUGGUAAUAGCGUGGCUUAUGGUUUUUCUUUCUUUCGGUAUUGUCUUUUGGAGUGUUCAACUGCAUCUUCUCGUUGCAUCUGUUGUUUUAAUUAUCUGCCUGUUGAUAUCCUCAUUUUGUUACAUCCGAAUUUUUCAAAUCGUCAAACGCCAUCAAACACAGAUCCAAGCUCAGCAACAAGCGGUACAAAGUUCAUAUGUUAGUGGUAACUUGAACAUAAUUCGACUGAAAAAAAGUUCAAUGAAUACUUUUGUUUUCUACGUAGUGCUGAUUUUAUGUUAUGUGCCCAUGUUUAUGUUUUUGAUUCUUUCUGGGAACUCUUUAAACAUUUUUUUGAAGCCAGAAUUGCACUUUUUUGCUACUGUAGUCUUUAUGAACUCUUCGAUUAAUCCAAUUUUAUACUGUUUACGUCUUGGAGAGUUUUGAACAGCAAUUAUAAAGACAGCAAGAACGAUGCUGUGUACAAAAGGAGAUUAAGCUGAGAAGAAAAGAACUGCUUAGGUGUCAAGGCUGGUUCUCACUAGCGCAUAAGCACAAUCAUAAGCAUAAGCAUAAGCAAGUGAGAACACCAGAACAUAAGCAUAAGAGCAUAUGCAGGCGCAGUUUUAACAAAAUUUCUUGAUACCAGCUUUCCUCGACUAUACAAUCAAGAUGGCUGCCUUACGCUUAUAAUUAUGCUUAUUUCACUCGCGUUCGCACUACGACAUAAGCAUAACAUAAGCACAAAAAGAACGAACCAUGUUCGUUCUUCUUGUGCUUAUGCUUAUGUCGGGGGUGUUCUCACUUGCUUAUGCGAUUGCUUGUGCUUAUGCUUAUGCUUGUGCUUAUGCGCUAGUGAAAACCAGCCUUUAUGGGCUUCAACGCUGGUAAACACAUUGAUAUUUCACAUAGAACUAAAGAUACUACUUCCAGUAUUACGACUGGUUAUCUUGCAAAGGUUUUGUAAUUUUUUUUUAAAUUUUUGGUGUUUGUUGUCCAUCUUCAUUGUAGCUCUGAUCAUGAGGGAUCCUCUUGAUAAACUGGACACGACAGUAAAAAUUAUGUUUCAGUCAGUCAAAACUUCUUACAUCUUAAAACACAGGCCAGAAUAAAACACAGCCAGCGCUAAUAGCUAUAAUUUUCUGACAAAUAAUGGAAUUAUGUUCAGGAACUAAGAACGCUUAAAAAGUUUUUAAAAGCCGUAAGCAAAGUAACAUUGUUACCUAGCUUUUGGUUGCUUGCAGUUGUUUCUAUUAUUUACUUGCACUUUUUGUAAAUCAUCAUUCCUUUUUCAUUUCUUUCCUUUUUAAUAUAAACUCUUGCGGGGCAAGCAAUUCUUGUAACUAUAUGUCAGAAAAUAAAAUAAAAUUGAAUUGUAUUGAAAGCAAUUUAAAUUGAAAGAUCUGUUUUUCCCAAAGGUUUUACCGGAUGGUGAGAAAAUUACAAUGGGCGCAAUGUUGUGUCAAGGGGUGGUUCAAUGUUCCAUGAUUAAACGAAAGGCAAAGAAUGAAAUCAAUUUGUUCAACGCACAGGAUAACAAAAAAUUGCACGUACUUCUAAUAUUGUUGUUGUGAGCUUGAGUUGCGGAGUUUCACGGUCUCACGGCCUCUUCAUACUUCAGUCUAACGAUCUUCAUAAAAUCGUAAUUGACAGAUAAAGGAGGAGGAAGACGAAGAAGAAAUGUUUGAAGCACAAUGACAAUUAUAAGCCUGGAUAGACUUGCGGCUCUUCACUAACACGUGAGAUAUAUAUGUUACUAUGGUGACUACAACUCGGAUUUUGUGCACCUUCGCAACAAUAUGGGUCGUUAUUUUUCUUUCGCUCAGCAUUUUCCUUUGGAAUGUAAUCUUAUAUUUUUUUCAUUUCAGCUGUUUUUAUCGUUAUCUGUUUGUCGAUAUCCUCAUUUUGUUACAUCCGAACUUUUCAAAUUGUUAAACGACAUAAGGCACAGAUAUAAGCUCAACAACAAGCAAUACAAAAUGCUGGUAAUAACUCAGUUGAACAUAAUGCCAUUGAAAAAAAGCUCCUUGGACACUUUUGUAUUUUACGUCGUUUUGAUUUUAUGCUAUUUCCCCAUGUUUCUUAACAUGGUUCUUAUGGGGACCAACACGAAGACGAAAAUGACACUAAAAUGGAACCUGUAUGCUUCGAUUGUAUGAUCUGAGCUCUUCCAUAAAUUCAAUUUUGUACUGUUGGCGUCUUAGUGACCUACGUUCAGCAAUUGUUAAGAGAGCAAAAAAACAAAAACAAUGUUCUGCAAAGAAACAGAUCAAUUGUAAAAACAAAACCUGCCCUUUGAAAUGUCAGUGGCGUGUAGUCCCAUCUUUAAUUGACAGACUUCGACAGACUUCAACAUGCUGCAAUCUGGUGAUUUAAUAAAUGGUCAUCUUUACCUGAAGUAUAAAGCAGCCUUGGAGAAAUUUUGGGCAACUGGUAGAUAUGAAGGAAAUAAUGUACACUGAGCUGGUGUGUAACAAAACAUGUGAAAAUAGCUUUACAAUUCCAAGUAAAUUUACCCAACAUUAACUGGGUUUGAAGUUCCUAUUUAAACUCUUAUACUCAUAUUUCGAUUUUGACUUAGUCGAUUUCUGUUUCUUAUUCCAUUUUAAUUUCUUGUUCGAAACUUCUGUAUCCUAAAGCCACACUUAGUAAACAUUAGAAUCUGUAAGUAGGGUGUAGAGUAGGUGGCGUUCUACUUCCAGCCGUAUAGCAAAGAAAAAAGAAUGCAAGGUUAGUAAUGUAACGUAACAACAUAUACAUGUAUUUUAACUGUAAUAAAGUAAAAUUAAAUUAAAAUUAAAAAAUAAAAGAUGCGAUGAACAACCGUACUUACUAAACUGAGUUACUAGCCUUUGUGUUACCACAGGCAGCCCAGACGUAUUGUUUGUGGAAUGAAUUAAUAAACAAUCGAGCUAAAAUAUUUAUUUAACACUUCAAGCAAAUAUUGUUUUGCCUUAACAUCACUGCCUGUUUCUUUGUCCUGGUCAACAUAUAGUCUUUUUCGCUGCGUUUCUCAGCUACUUUGCUAGCCAUCAUGGCCGCGUGGGAGCCGUUAUAUGCAUUUCUUCAGCUGAAUGUCUUUUUAAUUGUCCUGGCUAGUUUAAACGAAAUCUUUUUGCUUACACUAUCAGAGGUAUCAUCCACUAUAUAUUGAAGUUCUACAGUAACCUUAACGAACUGAUAUCAUGUUAAGUAUGAUGUCCGACAACUAAACGUUCUGAUUGGAAGAAAAGUACGCCUUAUGAAGUUAAUAUUCAUCGGUGAAUAUGACAUUUCUAAGUUUGGUUCUCAAUCUAGUCAAUCUAGGCAAGUAAACAUGCCGAACAGUUGCUGACUGAAUUAAGUUUUUCGUUUACUCGCUAGACACCACUCAAAGUCCGGGAUAUGAUAUUGACGAAAAAGGAAUUUAAAAUAUGUAAAUUAAAUUAAACAACUCUCGCCUUUGGAACUUCUUACACGACACGUUUACCUAAGUACACAGUUACUCGCACUUGGCUCAGAAAAACAUUAGUGAAUAUUUACCAACUGGACUGCGUCUCGGUAAAUAUUUAAAAAUAUUCACUCCGCCUUCGGCAAAUAAUUGUUGAUUAUUCGUGAAAAGUAAAUUUUAGCAAUUUUCUGUCAUAAUUACAACAAAGAAUUAUUAACCCGUGCGAAGAAAUUUAUUCAACGCAUAUGUAGGUGGGUGAUAUUAGUCUUGUUUUAAAACGCUGAAGAAUAACAGUUUUUGUUCCGAAGUCGCAAUCAUUAACUCUUGCCUGACAAAGCUGAAGAAUUAAGACUGAAUGAGAAGAUGGAAAACUAUACAGGCUUCAUAGAGAACGAAUCCUCAAGGAACAUUUUAGCCAACAAGAACUAUAAAUCGCGACCCGAAACUUUUACCAUCAUAAACUGUGUUCUUAACGUUCCCGUGAUGCUCAUAUCCAUUUUGGGCAACGCUUUAGUAUUGACUGCCAUAAUAAGAACGCCUUCCAUUCGUUCGCCGUCAAUGAUCAUGCUCUGUAGUCUCGCUGUUUCGGACCUUCUUGUUGGUUUUAUUGCUCAACCACUUUUUAUCGCGAAUGAACUUAUCAAGGAAAAUCUUGUCCUAUAUCGUGUGUCGUCGAUGAUUGGAUUUUCCGCGUGUGGUGUCUCCCUCGCUUCAAUAACACUGAUCAGCAUCGAUCGUUUUUUGGCUGUUCAGUAUCACACGAGAUAUGCUACUUUGGUACGCCAAUCUCGAGUAAUUUCUAUCAUUGUUAUGAUAUGGUUGUUUACUUUCGUAUGUUCGGGAUUUCACAUCUGGAAUAAAUUUUUACACCACCUUCUGGCGGCAAUAUAUAUCGCUAUUUGUCUUAUAAUUUCCACAUUUUGUUACAUCAGGAUUUAUCUCACGGUCCGCCACCAUCGUUCACAAAUCCAAGCUCAACAGCUGGCAGUGCAAUGUCGAUAUGCUGCAAACAACACAAGCAUGAUGCGAUUGAAACGAAACGCUGUGAACACUUUUCUAUUUUACCUCUUUAUCAUUGCGUGUUAUUUGCCAGCCUAUGUUCUGUUGACGAUAUUUGGACUGGGAUAUAUGGAAUGGGCAACGGAAUGGUCCAUCACAAUCACUGUGGUAUUUAUGAACUCAUCCAUCAACCCAGUUUUGUAUUGUUGGCGUCUUCGGGAACUUCGAGUUGCAGUUGUGAAGACAGUUAAAAUGGUGCUUCGCGCUCAAACAGAUCAGGACUAAACACGAACGAAAGAAAUAUUAGUGGUAUACCUUUUGAACCUCAAAAGGGUAACAAGAAUUGAUUGUAAAAUUGAGUACUCCGAGACUAGUGUUGAAACUGAGUGGAGGAAAGCGAUUCUUGGUUAAAAGAAUCGGGAGUUUCAAUAAAAUAGAAUAUCUGAAAAAUCGGUUUCCACUGUAAAUAUACCUGCUACCUGCUGUACCUACCUUCCUGUACUUACAUGAAAUUAAGUGUUAUUCUUGUUGACAGUCUGCCACCCUGCUCUACUUUGAACUGAGUAAAUCGAGAAACAUUAAUCGAAGGCCUCGCUCUUCAUGAAAGGGUGGCGAAUGGUAAAUGCGAGACUUUGCGAGACGACGAGAUUAGCGUUUUUCGUU